AUGAGCAAUAAGAGUGCGUGCUUGUUUUCAAUUAUUCUCUUCAGCAAAGAGAACCAAAAGGUGGAUUUAUUCUUAGAGGAGUAUUCCCUUGGGUCGUUCAGUUUCUUUAAAAGAACACCUGUUCAGGAGAUGAUUAGGUUUAUUUCCAACAGGAUAGUUCAGAACAUAGAAACAACAAGAUCACAGGAAUUUGUACAUAAAGUAGAGGAGGGAGACAGUUAUAAAUUCUUUGUAAGGGAGAGGAAGAAUUACAUAUUUGUUAUUGCUUCUCUUUUAGAGUAUCCGAUACCCACUUUAUGUCUUCUUAUAGAUGAUAUUGCUAAGUUUAUACAGGAUGAGAAAAUGCUUUAUCCUGGCGAGUGGGUGACAGAAGAGAAGAAGGCGAAGUUUAAGGAUGAUAAAAAUAAGUUACGCAAUUAUACAAAACAGCUCAUAAAAGAGUACCAGAAUUAUGAAGAAAAGGAUGUUAUGUUACAAAUACAAAAUGAGCUGGAUGAUGUGCACGAUUUACUUUCAAAAACUGUGGAGAGUGCGAUUGGUCGUGGCCAAAAACUGCACGAUUUAAUAAACUCAGCAGAGCAACUGUCUUUUCAGACAAAGAGUCUGUACCGGCUGAGCAAGAAGCAGAACCAGAAAUGUUGUGGGAUUAUGUGA